AUGCCCACUGUGGCUGCUAGACAAAAAGAGGUUGCGGCAACGCCAAAAAAUCCGUCCUAUGUAUUUCACAUGGCUCAAGAAGAACAGGACAACAUUCGAUAUCAAGUAUUAUCGGAUAGUGGGGCUUUAAUGCACUUCAUAAAACGAAACGUAGCUUGCAAAAUGGCAUAUCCAGCAAAUGGUAAAGGUGGUGGUAAGCGUAAUCAUAGUUGUUUCGAAUGGACAAAGCUGGGCUUAUCGACACUGGUUCCAUUGAUGAUUGGUAUAUUUACUGUUGUUAGUUAUAUUCAACAACAACAUAUUUCUGAACAACAGCGACAUCAAGAUCAAGAAGUUGCAAAUGAUAUACGUUUACAAGAGCGACAAAUUGCUGAUGCAUUACGUGCACACAGUCAGGAACAAGCCCAUGCCUUGCAUUAUCAAGAUGUUUAUAAAACCUAUUUAGCAGAUGUAUCAAAUGCAUUAUUCAAAGAAAAUCAUGAGGGAAAAUUUCUUAAUAAUGAAUCAAAAUUCUCGUAUAUCCGUUCGAGAACAUUAUCAGUACUUCUAGAACUUGAUUCAAAACGACAGACAGACUUAUUUUUAUUUCUAUAUGAAACACGAUUAACAACAAAAAAUCAGCUAAGUUUGUCAGGUGCUCUAUUCAAUCAAAUACAUUUCAAUACUUCAUCAGUUGUUCCAUGUAUCUUUAAUGAUUUAAAGUUAUCCUCUGUUUAUUUGUCAAAUUCAUCAUUUACUGGUUGCAAAUUUUAUCAGGCAACUUUUACUGCUUCGCGAAUGACUGAUAUUAAAUUCACCGGUUCAUCAUUAACGACAAAUCAUAAAACUGAAUGCUUUAGAGCGUGUGAUAUGGCUCCUUAUCUUCCGAAGCCAAGUUGUCCUUCACAUAUUGGGAUAAAAACAGAUUUUAGUGAUUGUGUAAUGGAACGGGCUGACUUUCGACAAGCCUUCAUCUGUUUGACGUCAUUUCAUGGAGCAACACUCGACUAUGCUACGUUUCUUGGAGCUUCUAUUGAAAGUAGUAGGUUCGUUAAUGCAUCACUCAAUUACGCCAGAUUCAUUGGAGCUACGAUUACGAAGAGUGAUUUUGCUGCUGCAUCACUAACGUAUGCUGACUUUAGCGGAGCAUCUAUCAGUCAUAAUGCAUUCAAAGGUGUAUUAUUGGCGUAUGCCAAUUUCAGUAAUGUCACCUUCGAUGCUGAUGUGAUGUUUAUUAAUGCUAAUCUUACCAAUAUGAUUAUCAAAGAUGAUCUUUUACAGGAUCUGAAUAAUCGUGGAAUGUUACGCAAUGUAAUAUUACCAAACGGUACUACAUUUUUCACGCAAGGAAAUUUAUUUGUGAAUGGUGAUGCCCAGAAAGAUUGUCCGAGUGGUAGUUCAAGCAUAUCAGACUGGUCUACGAUAUCAGGCGAUAUUGCAGUUGGAGGUAAUUCAGAUAAUUGUUACUUCUUUUCUACUAGUGGCACUGAAUCAUCUAUGCAGCAAGCGUUUGAAGUGGAUGAUUUUUCUAUGUUAGUUACUAGUAAUCAAGCUUUACUCAAUAUAUCGGCUUAUUUUGAUGAACAGUGUUCCAGGAAAGAUGUUACAGUCAUGUUAUUUUUCUCAACAACAAUGGGUUUAGCAACGGGGCCAAACUCGAUUAUUAGUUGGGUUAUGCUCGAAUCAGGUCCUAAUGAAAAAACACUCAACAGCAUUUCUGGAACUGGUGAUCUUUCGUUUACAAAAAUUAUACCGAAUAAAACUAAAUUUCUGAUUGUUGAAGUGAAGUUCUGGAAUGAUAGUAGAAAUGUUCUUGUGAUAAUAUUGAUGUGCGUAUUACUGCUGAAAAACGUAAAUGACGUUACCAGUCAUCGAUAUUCUGAUGGACAUUCUUAUAAAGAAUCAUCAUCGGGAAUAUUCGAUAUGAUUAUUGGACUACUCUUUGUGCUUGGUCCAUACUUCUGUGUAUUAGACUGGGAAAUCUUUCGACGUCAUCUGAAUGAACGACGAUAUUAUGUUGAUAUUAAAUCAUCGAUAUUUUAUCAAGAGUGUCGAUAA